CCAAAUGGCCAAUGGAGAUUUCAGGCUCGGGGUUUUCGGACGGAAAACAAACAGGAAGCCACGGAAUGCAGAGAGCUUAAGUUUGUAAAAACACAAAUCCAGUCGUAGAGAUUGGGCCAAAAUACGACUGUAAACGCAUGGAAUGUGCUAAAUAAGGUGAACAAAUAUCUGCGUGUUCGGAAUCGAUCUCCGGGUUUUGAACACACAUGUAGCUACGGGUUAGGUUCCUUCCACUUCCGCGUACAGCGCGUUUCCCCCCGUAGACCGACUCCAACUUUUCAACAGGACCAUCUUAAUUGGCGUCCGUCUCAUUUUUUUUCCAACACCGGUUUCAAGGCACUUGAUUGACGGACGUCAGCCCCGCCCUCUUUAGCAUGGACUGUGAAGACGCCCACAACGGGCGGGCGUUGUUAGGAGCUCACUGUUCAAAUCCAGCCAGAAAUAUAAUAGGAGCAGAGGAUGAGGACUUUGAGAAUGAUCUGGACCAGACAGUGGAUGAUCAGUGCAGUCACUUUAACAGUAUCGAGCUGUUAAAAAGCAAACCCACGCACUUGCUGGUCUUCCUGCAUCACGUCAUCCUGCAGUUUGACUGUGCUCCUCUGCUGUGCUACCUGCAUGCUGAGCUCUUCAGGAACCUCAGUGCCAAAGAGACCAAGAAACACUUUGUGGACUUCUAUAACAAUUUCUUGGACAAAGGAGCAAUUCUCCGAGUACCUAUUCCACCUGGUAUAGCAUACGAAUUAGACCGCACUCGUCCAGAACUCAUCCCUGAGGACCAGCAGAAGCGUUAUGCACAGGAAAUGCAAAACAUGCAAGUCAUGGAUAUCCUGCGACAGCUUGAGGACUUCAGGCAGAAAAGAAUGAUGGGAAUGACUCCCAAUGAACUGGAGCUGGCAGAGGUGGAGAAUCAUUAUCACUCGGACCGUGUUCCCAGAGAUAUGAAGGAGAAAGCAGUAGCUGAAAGACUUCUAGAAAAGUUGACUGAAACCAACCCUGCCAUUGUUGCAGAUGAAGAAAAAUGCUCUGCCAUCUUUAGCGCUAUGGCUUACUACAUGAAGCAUCUGGGAGUUAAGAGCAGAGCACCAGACAGCAAAAAGGGCAAAGGAUUUUUCAGGAGAAAGAUUCCAAAGAAGGAAGAAAAGUCCAAGGUUCUCAGUAUCUUAAGGCUUGGCGGCGGCAAUGAGGUCAAAAGAUUGGACAAUGAAGGCGAUAGGGAAAAAAGAAACGAACGGAGCACUAUCGGGAGCACCACAGGGCAUCGUGGCUCCACUACAGACGGAAAUGUAGCACCCAUCCUGCGUCCCAAACCUGUGGCAUCGGGGCCUUCCACAGAGACCAGUGAGGUGCAGCCCAGCAACAAUAUAGUUAUCUGCAGUCCUGAAGCUUCCCAACCUGAGAUGGUUUAUCCUACAGGCCAAACCAGCAGUCUUUCGGACCAACAGUCUUUAUCAGAUGGUGGAGACAUAUCUCCUGCAGGAACAAAUGUUGCCAUCACUAUUCGGGACUUUCAGUCUGAAGCCGACAACCCUGUAGAAGAGAGCCAUGAAAAGGAGAGACGGAAGACAAGGAGUGUGCGCCGCAGCGAGAGUCUGUGUGUGGAGCGCUGUCACGCUCGCAGAGUUGGCUCUGCUCGGGCUAAACAAUCUCGUUCCCGUAGCGAUGUGGACCUUCAGUCAUCUGCCAUUUCCAACCCCUCUUCACCUUGUCAACCACAACCCAGCCCUGUGGAUGUGACAGUUUUGACGAAUGAUGGCCCUUUUAUAGGCCCCUUAAUCCAGCAAGAGGAAGUGGAGCCCCGGCUCCUGGAAUUAGAGCAGGACCCACCCAACUGGAGAGAGCUUGCUGAUAGCAAGAUUUUGGAUCAACUCAGUAAGAAGGAGAUUAAGAGACAGGAAGUCAUCAACGAGUUGUUUGUGACCGAGCAAGCCCAUGUGCGCAUGUUAAGUGUGCUACAGACAGUGUUUUAUCGUCCACUGGAAAGAGAGGCAAUCAUGGGAAUUACCGAGCUGGACACAAUCUUCCCUAAUUUGGAUGAGAUAAUAGAGAUGCACUACGCUCUCUAUGAGAAUCUAAAGAAGCUACGCCAAGACAAUGACUUUGUCGUCAAAAUUAUCGGCACUCCGCUGCUAAACAGAUUUAGUGGCUCAGAGGGCGAAUGGUUCCAGAAGCUCACAGCUCGUUUCUGUAGUCAUCAGUCAUGGACUCUGGUUCAAAUCAAGAACAGACAGAAGAAAGAUCCCCGAUUCAAUGCCUUUAUACUGGAGGCUGAGAGUAAGCCACAGUGCAGAAGAUUACAGCUGAAGGACAUCAUCCCCAUCGAGAUGCAGAGACUAACAAAGUACCCACUGCUUUUAGAAAAUAUUGCCAAGAAUACAGAAGCCAAGAUGGAGAAAGAAAACAUCCAACAGGCUGCUGAGUGUUGUCGUAAGAUCUUAAACCAUGUCAAUGAGGAGGUGAAACAAAUGGAAAAUCUUCUGACUUUGAAAGACUACCAGCGCAGGUUGGACACUUCAGGGCUGAAGCCCAGCAAUGAGCUCUACACAGAGUACAAGAGCAUUGACCUGACAUCAAGAAAAAUGGUUUACGAGGGGCCACUUAUAUGGAGGGUCACUAAGGAAAAAGCUAUAGAUGUACAGGGUGUGUUGCUUGGAGACUUGUUGGUCCUUCUGCAGAAACAAGAUGAUAAGAUGCUCUUGAAAUGCCAAAGUAAGAGUAUCAUUGCUUCCCAGGAGGGAAAACAAAUGCUCAGCCCCAUCAUAAAGCUGGAUUCGGCUUUCCUCCGAGAUGUAGCCACAGAUCGUAAGGCCUUUUAUGUUAUCUUUACUUGGGAGAGUGGAGCACAGAUCUAUGAACUUGUGGCCCAGUCUGGUGCUGAAAAGAAAAUAUGGACAGAUUUGAUAAAAUCGUCAGUAGAGGAGUUGAAGAAGAAUAGUGGUCACACGAUAGAGAGAGUGAGGCAUGGAAGCGUGCCAAGUCACAGCACUGCACUGGCAUAUACUGCCUCACUGAAUCCCCCUCUCAGCCCCACUGACAAUGGACCAGACAUACUUAAAAACUCUGCUGGUCAGUAUAAAGACACCCUUACAGAGGAAAAGUUCAGACACACACAUCCCUCACUGAUUGACUACUUGGCUCUCAAUGGAUUUGACCCACUUGGUUACAGCAAUGCCCCUCCAGAGAGGUCAGCCACGGUGGCUCUGGAUGAAGUUAUGUCUUUGAAGACACGAUUCGUCGGAAGUACCAGUCUGUCCAAGAAUGUGCAGCCUGAUGGAGAGAGUGGAGCAGAGCCAGAGAAGCAGGAGAAUGACGGGACACAAGUAGUAGAUGAACAGAACAUUGAGUCGCAGGACGAUACGCAGGAGGAUGAGAAGGCAAAAGCAGAUGAGCAGAAAGCUGUAAUCGCUCCUUUACUGUUCUCACAGGAGCAGGUGGAGGAGGUCGGCAGAAAACUGGAGAUUCUAGAAGAACAUGUGAAGAGAUUACAGAAUGUGGAGGAGGAGUAUCACAGGCUACAAGAAAUCCUUGCAAAGUUCACUAUUCAAAGAGGCAAUUACAACUGAGAAUAUUUCAACUCUGCUGAUCAAAAGAUUGUCUGUAGCCCCAACCAAAUGAUGUGGUGAAUGAAUCAACUAAAAGGAAAGGAGAGAGAAGUGUGUGUGUGUGUGUGUGUGUGUGUGUGUGUGGGUGUGUGUGAACCCAAAUGAAGAUGGUCAGGACAGAGUAAACUUGUACUCACCUACGUUUGCCAUUUUGAAAGAAAAGCUCUUGAUUGAUUAAGAGUAUUAAGUGGAACUGGGUUGACAUCUGCUGAUGUAUUUAUGCUAUUAAGUGUGAUAUGGAGUCGGGAAAUGUUUGUGUGGAGAAGUUCGUUACUCGAAGCGACAGGUUUUGUUUAUAUCUUAGUGCUGCAGCUAUACAAGCAUCUUAGUAAUUGUCACAUGGUCAAUGUAGAUAUAUUCUGUGUCCAGCAUGUUGGAGCGAGUGUGUGAGUGGAUGUGCAUGCGAGUCACUUUCAUGAAAUCAAUCUCUUGACGUUCAGCUCUUUAAAGGAACAUCACUGUGUUUAAAUGUCUAUGCAUAAUAAUUGCAGGUUUUUCUUUCACUUUAAACCAGUUUAUAAAGCGUAGCAUUGCUAGCCUUCACAUGGAUUAGUUUCAUACCAAAGAGGACCUAAGAGGGCACAUAUACAGUAUAUCAGUAAAUCUAUUGAGUAGGUCAGAGAAGAAUUAUUUAGCGUUUACUUCUAUAAGAAUAUGCAAGAUUAGCAUGGGGAGCAAAAUGAAAAUGCACUUACAUCCCAUUAUGUUCUAUACACAUGUAUGAAUAACUAUAACUAGUACGUAGUUACGUAAGAAUGAAAACACAAAGCUGACACUGAAGACACUUCUUCAUAAAACUUAAAUAAUGUCUCCUUUUUUUAAAUCCACCUUAGCAACGAUUGUUUUAUUUUAUCAAUAUAUGUUUUUAGUUUUUUAUAAUUUUUAUAUUUUGCAUACUUGAGAUUAUACUAUAAAGGUCAAUUUGCAAUAGCUGAUUAAAAAAAAAACAUGAUUAUUGAGAAUAAAGAAUUUAACAGUGCUGUUGUACAAAUAGAUAGGAAUUAUAGGUAACUGCUUAUUAAUUGCACCAGUGAUUUUAGUGUGGUCUGUGAAAAGAGUAACACACUUCAGACUGUGCUAUUAUACAAAAAAAAAAAAAAUUUUAUUUUUUUUUUUUAAAGUGUGAAAAGGAUUAUUUUCAGAAAACAGUCUGGAGUGUGUAAUUCUAUGUAUACCAAAACAAAUAAAAAAUUUUUAUUGAUUAAUGAUUAUUUAAUUUUUACACCGAUUUUAUAUUUUUUCUCACCAGCUCGGUGCCUCUUUUAAAAAAAAAAAUCUUUAUACAUUUUUUUAUUUGACAAGACAAGCAACUUGUUACCUAGAAACCAGAAAGAACAAAAUCAGUUAUUUCAAUAAACCACAUCAACGAUUAUAUUUGUCCUUGUUAAAAAUGCAUUUUUAUUAAAAUCAUGCUUUAUUUUUAGGAUCAGAUUAUAUGGAGCGCCUACGAACUGUACGAGCUGUAACUAUAGAAACAAUAACGUACCAGAACAAGGACAUGUAACACAUUCAGACCAAUCAGAAUACAACAGCACUGUUUAAUAAAUAUAAAUAAAUUAGCAAAUUGUAAACUGUAAUAAUCAUCUUUAGCUGUAUUACUUUUAACCAGGAGUUUCCCCUAAAUUGACUUUGCAGACUUUCAGAUGGUUCGUGUUGAAAACUUGUCAUUUAUGUGUAAAGGAAGGAAAAAAAGAGUUUUGUAAGAAAUGUUCGAAAGUGACCAUUUCACCUAUGUAAAGAUUUUUUUUUUUUUUUUUUUUUUUUUUGCUCUGUCACAAAUCAAUUAUGAUGAUAAUUAUGCAAAUACCAAAUAUCAUAAGAUAAAUAUGAGUAAAUAGUGCCAAUCAUUAUUUUAUAGCAUUUGCACCACAAUCUCACAAAGUAGUACUGAAUUGUACAUCUAUCAUGUACAUCUAUCAGCUGUACAUGCAUCUGAUCUACAGCUAAGACACAUCUUUUUAAAUGUACAAUGUUAUUUAUAAUGCAGGGUGGAUCAUGCAAAGAUUGUAGUCUUUUAUUUCUUUGCUCUGGCUCAGUAGCUGUGUCGAGGACCUAGUGGGGACUCUUCCUCUUUCUCAUUAGGCAAAUAUACUCCAGUUUCAGUUCCACAUCAGAAGGGGGUCUGAUGGCAGAUUAUUUCUGCGAUUCACAUUGUGCACUGUUUUUUCAUUCAACUUGUGAUUCCUUUUUUUUCUAUGCUGAACCAAAUAUUCUUUUACCUACAGAGUUGUACAAUGUAAUUUUCAUGACCAUUUUAGCACAGUACGUUUCCUCUCUAUCCUCAAUGUAGUACUAUGUAUAUUUUAGGGGUAACAUGCCAAAGCCGCCCCUAAUUAAAGCAAGAACUAUUCUGUGUAUUUGUGCUUUGAUUUUUAUAAUGUAAGAUACUUUGAAAGCAUUGAGGUACAUUUUAUUACUACUGUAUUUUUUUCCUGUUCUUUUUUUUUUAAAUAAAUGAUCUUAGUAAUUGCUAAA